AGUGCGGCGGUCGCAUCGAAGUUUGACAUUCGAACUGAAGGUGCUCUAAGAAUUUGAAAAAUACAUCUAAAUGAUUUGAAUUCAUUACAGUGAUAUUCGAAAUUGCUUACCGGUUUUUGAGUUUCUUACCCAAAAAGAGUUUUUUGUAUAAAAAGUGUUUUAAAGUGCAAAAGAAACCAAUCAAACAAAAACGGAAAAAACUAACAUAUGAAGAACAAAUAAAAGUGAAUAUUAGCGAAAACACAACCUUAUCAGAAAAAAUAUAUUUAAAAGUACGAAUUAAUUUCUGUGAAUGCAAAAACAAGUUUAAGCAAAAGCCAAACUGAAAGCUAAGCAUUUAUAAAUUUGCUGUUUUAUUCGAUCGAAAUAUUUUUCACUGAUAACUUCGUAAGCUUGACUUACAACAAAAAAAUAAACAGAAACAAGUUACCCAUAAAAAAAACGACAAUACCCAUAAACAAACAAAAUAAAAGAAACGUUAAAAAAAAACAAGAUAGUGUAAGAAAAGUUUAGCAACCGCGAAAACGACUUACGAAUUUUCACAACAACUUGAUGUUUUGUAACGGAUUUUCAAGAAACUGGUAAAAACUUUAUUGUGGAUUCUUCUGCCGCUUAUUCUUCGCAACAGCUGCAAAAAUUUAGUGGCUCUCUGCGGAUUUUUUGGAGAACGAAAAGCAUUCGCGAAUUCUCGGCACCCCUCCUCUUCUAGCACUGGAGUCACCACUGAAAACCCAUUAAGAGCAACAUCGGCAACACUAGCAACAGCAACAUAGUAUGCGUCUCUUCAAAACGCGCAAAUCCACGGACACCUACAGCACAUUAGCCGCUCAGAAACAACAGCAAACCGCCAGCGAGAUUGGCCAGAGCAGCAACUGCAGCAGCAGCAAUAGCAACAGCAGCAGCAGCAGCAACAGCAAGAGUCACACACCAGCAACAUGCAGCAACAGACUGAACAAGAGCAUUGUGAGCAGCGCCACAAUCUCAUCAUCGCUGCCUGAUCUGAAUGACAAGUCGCCCGUCAUGAUACUCAGCUGCACCACCCUCGCCAGCAAUGGAGCCACCGCCACGGCGGCGGUCACAGCAACAGCCACCGGGGCAACAGCAACAUCUGCCAGCAGUCUGCAGCAGCAGCAGCAACAGCAGCAACAUCAGCAACAGCAGCAGCAACCGUUACGCACGGCCACGCCCACAUGUCUGCUAAGUGGACGGCAGACUCCCUCGGCCAUAUCGGUGAUGUCGCUCCAAGAGGCCACCAGUCUGCACCGCCAGCAGCAGCAACAGCAACAGCAGCAACACCAAACACCCACCAUCUAUGUGCCGGUGCCCACGAAACUUGGCAGCAAUCUCACCACUGGCGGCAGCAACUCGGCCACAUUGCUCCUCAGCUAUGGCAGCACUAACAGCAUUGCCACCAUGCAGCAACACCAACAGCAGCAGCAGCAACAUGCCGCCCAGUACCAGCAAUAUGUUGCCCAGCGUCUGCAGGCCGUUUCCAGUAGUUGCUUGUACGAAAAGGGAUCAAAUGCCAGCGGGGGAACGGGCAGCAACAGGAGCAGCCGAUCCCUGACCCCAAAUGGUCACCUGCCCGACUACAAAUUGGUGACAGCGGUGCCAGUUGUUGUCCUGGACGAUGAGCACAAAUCGAAUUCAUUACCAGCCAGUGAAGCAAAUCGCAACAGCAGCAGCAACAUCAACAGCAGCAGCAGCAGCAGCAACAACAGCAGCAACAACAGCAGCAACAACAGCAACAACCUUGAUGUCAGCAACAGCAACUCGAACACGGGAAGCACCACUUCUUUGGCCAGCACCACGAGAAAUGUUUUCACCUGGGGCAAACGGAUGAGUCGCAAACUGGAUCUGCUGAAGCGAAGCGAUUCGCCCGCCGCCGCCCACAAAUCGCACUCGGACCUGAGGAGCCUCUUCCACUCGCCAACGCACCACAAAACGGCGGCAUCGAGUGGAUCUGGUGGUUCUAGUGGCUCCAGUGCGGGAAAGGCCUCGCCCGCACCCACUGGUGGUGGUCAUCAGAGCAGCUCCUCAACCACAACCAGCACCCUCAAGAAGUGCAAGUCGGGUCCCAUCGAGACCAUCAAGCAGCGACACCAGCAACAGCAGCAGCAACAGCAGCAGGAUGUGGGAUCUGGGCAGAGCCAGAGUGCCCAGUCCACGCCCACACAUCAGUUCCAGGCGGCGGUGCGCCCUCAAAAGACGCUGAAGAACUUCUUCCAUCGGAUCGGAUCCACCGGCAUGCUGAACCAUCGCUCCCACAACCUGGUGAAGGCAUCGGAGGCGGCACAGCAGGCCACUCCGGCGGCCACCACGCUGUACAGGAGCAGCUCCACCAGCCAGCUGUCCAGCUGCUCGUACGUCAAGUGCGACGAUCCCACCGAGGGCCUGAAUCUCCAGCGGGAACAGCGAGAGCAGCGUCUGCCGAGGAUCGCCAGCUUGAAGUCGAGUAGCUGCGAUGACAUCGCCAAGGUGAGCAGUUGUCUGACCGCCAGCACAAGUAGUGGCAGUGCUGCCGGUAGCCUGGGCUCACCAUCUAGUGGAGCAGCGAGUGCAGGAGGCAGUGCAUCCAGUGGCCAGCACGAUCCGUCGCGACGUGGGGCAUUCCCAUACGCCUUCCUGCGCUCCCGUCUUUCGGUUCUGCCUGAGGAGAACCAUGGCAAUGGACCGGGCCACCUGAAGCAGCAAGUACAACGGCAGCGGGAGCAGCACCAGAGGGAUCUCCUCCAGCAGCAGCAUUUGCAUCAGCAGCAGCAGCAACAGCAGCAGGAGCAAGCCACAUCGUCGCCACUCCCGCAACGACGAUCCCCCGAACAGGCGAUGGUGAGCAAUGUGUCGCGCAACGACAGCAUCACCUCCAAGGACUGGGAACCACUUUACCAAAGAUUAAGUAGUUGUCUAAGUUCGAACGAGUCCGGCUACGACAGCGAUGGCGGUGCCACGGGCGCCCGGCUGGGCAAUAAUCUGAGCAUCUCCGGCGGAGAUACCGAAUCUAUUGCCUCGGGCACGCUCAAGCGCAACUCGCUCAUCUCGCUCAGUUCGUCGGAGGGCGUGGGCAUGGGCCUGGGCAUCGGCAUCGGGGGUCUAGGCCUUGGCAUGGGAUUGGGAAUGGGCACGACGGUGGGUGCGGCUCCAUCGACGAGGAACAGCAGCAUCUGCAGUGCCCCCGUUUCACUGGGUGGCUACAACUACGACUACGAAACGGAGACGAUCCGGCGGAGAUUCAGGCAGCUCAAGCUGGAGCGCAAGUGCCAGGAGGACUACAUCGGGAUAGUGCUCUCGCCCAAGACGGUGAUGACCAACAGCAACGAGCAGCAGUACCGGUAUCUCAUCGUCGAACUGGAACCCUAUGGCAUGGCCCAAAAGGAUGGUCGUCUUCGUUUGGGCGAUGAGAUCGUCAACGUGAACGGAAAGCACCUGCGCGGCAUCCAAUCCUUCGCCGAGGUGCAGCGCCUGCUAAGCAGCUUUGUGGACAACUGCAUCGACCUGGUGAUUGCCCACGAUGAGGUGACCACGGUCACCGAUUUCUACACCAAAAUCCGGAUCGAUGGGAUGAGCGGGCAGCGCCACAGGCUGAGUUACGUGCAACGCACCCAGAGCACCGAUAGUUUGACCAGCAUGCAGAGUAUGCAGCUGCAGCAGGAGAGGAUGCAGGGCCAGAAUCUCGAUCAGGAGCCGGAUCAGGAGGCGGACAACCAGGGCGAGGACCAGUGCGAUGCCCGAUCGAUGGCCAGCGUUAGCACACUGCCCACGCCGAUGCCACUGAUGCAGCACAGAAGGAGCUCCACGCCCAGGCACUCGUUGGAAAUUGGUGGAGCGGAGCACGAGCUUCUCAGGCGGCGGGCACGCAGCUCCUCAGGUCAGCGCAGCUUGGCUCUAACACCGACCCCGCUCUUUGCCAGCAGCAGCAGCUGCUCCUCCUCACCUAACCACCACCAACGGUUGCUGGAUAACGAGAACGAACCCGCUAACGACACCGACUCCUAUACGCCAGUGUAUGCAAAUCGGGCGGCGAGCGUGUGCGUCGCCUCCUCGCUGGCCGACGACGAGAAGUGGCAGUUGCUGGCCCGGAAGCGCUGCUCCGAGGGUUCCGCCCUGGCCACUGCACCCAGUCCCCAGCAGUUUGGCCAGCGCACCCACUACGCCAGGAACUCAAUCAAUCUGGCCAACUCGCACUAUCGCUCGCUCCGGUUUGCCCACUCGCGGUUGAGCUCGUCGCGGCUCAGCCUGUUCAUGCAGGCGCCGCCUAACAGUCUAACCGUCGGAGAGGGAGUCGCUAACAACCCAUCCUCCACAGCCAACACAACCACUGAUCUCACUAACCAGCAGCAGCAGCAACAGCAUCAGCAAUCCCAACAACAGACACACCAAUCACUGUACAUCAAGCAUUCGCCAAAGAGCGUCUCACUGUUCUCGCCUAAUCCCUAUGUUAACGCCUCAUCCUCAUCCUCACCAGCAUCGGGUGUCACAGCGACGUCAGCGGGAGCCGGUGUCUCACUGGCACCGCCUGCCACGGCCCUAAUGAAUCACAGACCAUCGCUGCCGGUGGCCAAGCUAACUAUUCGCGACGAGGAAAUGGCGGAGGUCAUCCGUGCGUCCAUGAGCGAGGGCAGUGGUCGUUGCACCCCGAAGACUAUUACCUUCUUCAAGGGACCUGGACUGAAAUCGUUGGGCUUUAGCAUUGUUGGAGGACGCGAUUCUCCAAAGGGUAACAUGGGAAUCUUUGUGAAGACUGUAUUUCCCUCGGGUCAAGCAGCCGAUGAUGGAACACUGCAAGCGGGCGAUGAGAUAGUGGAGAUCAAUGGGAACUCUGUGCAGGGCAUGAGUCAUGCCGAAACAAUUGGACUCUUUAAAAACGUUAGAGAGGGCACCAUUGUCCUCAAGAUCUUGAGGAGAAAAUUACAAAAAGCAAAAUCCAUGGGUUGUUAGAUCCAUGUUAAGACCCAUAUUUGACUUAUCCCUAUGAUAAUACCUGAUUAUGGACAACCUGCAUCGUUUAACCAAGUUAAAUGUUAGCUUCAUUAAUUAAGUAGAGUUUUUUUCGUAAUCGUACAAAGCCCCUUGAAAGAACUAUACUUAUAUAAAGACUAUUUGUAGCAUCUAGAAUCCCAUUUAGCAUGUAAGCAAUUGUAUGGAGUUACAAUUUUAAAUUAUUACCCAUUCUAGAUUAGGCUAAGGUUCGAAACGUUGUACAAGUUCUAUAUACAAUCAAACAAGUUAAAUAUAUUUACCUGAAACACAAA